AUGGGUGAUUUAGUGUCGGAGGACCAUGUGGUAGAGGAGCUAGUCAGAUCCGUGGAGGAUAUACCCAUCGGCGUCGCGGAUGUUCUGACGGUGCUGCAGCGGUUGUGCUCGGAGCACGACCCCAAGGCCAUGUCCGCCGUGCUGCACCAUGCCCAAACAUACGCGCUCGACCACUUGCCGCGGCUGCGCCGCCUCGUGUUUCUCCCCAUGCGCUUCUUCGAAACCGCGUGCCAUUUUCCUCUCUCUCAGUUCCCCGUGGUUAUGCAAGAACUGGCGACGUCAUUCCCCGAGGGCAAGAGGGAGGUGGUGGCAAUCAGGGCCGCACACCAGCACAUGGGCGCUCUGGUCACCUCCAAGCAACUCAUCCUGCAGCCGCGCGCCAGCAGCAGCUUGCAUGGGGACCUGGGGUGGCAGCAGGAGCAGAGUGAGGGUGCGUUCCUGCUGGCGGAUGGGGGCGUUAGAGACGUUAAGUGGCACGCAAACGGGGAUGUGAAGCUGCAGGUGAAUGGGGACGUGAAGUGGCAGGCGAAUGGAGACGCGCGGAAGGAGGCUUUGCCAUUAGCCCAAACCACGUCUCACUCCCACCUCCUCUCCUUCCUCAGUCACCUCGGCGGCCUCGCCAGCACCGUGGUCAAGGCCUCUGACAGCUACCUUCUCCUCAACCAGCAGUUGGCAUACAUGCUUCAGCCCUCUCCCGCCUUGGACUCGGCAGAAGUGCCUCUAACUCUAGUGAAGAAGCUUCAGUCGCUGCACAGUGCGCUUGCUUGCAAACAGGAACGCGUGGAUGCUGCUUGGAAGCAGCUGUGUGUAUUGCAGGGGCAGGUGGAGAGGGAGGUGAGCCACCUGCAAGAGGCGAUGCAAAUGGCGGCAGAAGCAGCAGCAGGUGCUGCUGCAGCAGCAGAGCUAGUAAGAAGGGAGGAGGUCCAGCACAACUGGGGGUGGUGUGUUCGCAAGCUUUGGGAUGUUUUCAUCCGAAAGCCUCUGCUGCCGGGGUUGUCAGUCUUGCUUUCCGCUCCAGUUGUUUGCUUCCUGCUCAAAGCCUGGUUCAAUGGCUUCCAUUGGCUACUAGGUGCAAUGUCUCCAAGACCCGGCCUUGCUCAAGAUCCCUAG